CUUCCGCACUGUAUCUGUGACGCUGCUCGGUGAUGGCUCGGCAGUCGCCAGCAUUCGACGAUAAGAGUCAGGAUGGCACAGCAACAAGGCGUUGGACAGUGGACCCGCGACGAACACCGGAGGUACCUCCGCGCGAUCCAGCUCUACCCGCAGGGACCUUGGAAGUCGGUCGCUGACUACAUUGGCACACGCACAGCGCGCCAGACACAGACGCAUGCACAAAAGCACCGCGAGAAGCUCUCGCGCCGGCGACGAGGCCUGCUGCGGAAACGUGCCACGUCCGACGAGUGGCUCGACGAGUACGGGUCGUCGCCGUCGCCGCAGCUCGACCCAGCAGUGACGCGCCGCAGCCCCAACGUCCCGAACACUGCCGAACCCGAGUUUCGCGUGGCGAUGAUUCCGCCCAUUGCCGUGGCCCACACACACGUCGAGCUACCGCCGCCUGCCGUCUAUCGGCCGCACUAUGACGGCGCGCUCGCGUCAGACGACGCGCUCACACUGCCGCCGUACCCGCGCGCCAUGGCCGAGGACAGGUACCAGCCGUACGCGUACACACCGUACACCCCGCAGCAGCAGCAGCACGAUGCGUACCCAGCAGUGUACACCUCGAGCAGCUACCACGAUCCGCGUAGUGCUUCGUCCUACGCGCCCAUGGCGUUCCCCCCCGCGCCCCACCUUCAGCACAUGGCGCAUCAUCCGCCCGUGCCCAUCGACGAGAUGCUCCUCGAGUACUUUGGCGACGACAUCCGCCGGUACGGCGCAGCGCCGUCUUUGCACCGCCACGCGUAG